ACGCGACUAAUUGCAGACACCACAACGUGGUGUUGCCGAAAAAGGAUACGCAGCUGUUUGUGGUUAAUUUUUGGCUUGCCGCUAUUGCAAGGACAUUGCGCCGAGUGCAGCAACAAGCAAUGUGAAAGCAAAUUUAAAAUCAAUUUGAGUUUUUUGUAUUCGUGUUGCAAUAGACUUGUUGUCUACAAAAUGACAGAGUCAGAUGCUGAGAAAGCGGCUGGCUCGCGCCUGGACUACGAUCUAAUGAUGGCUGAGGAAUAUAUCCUGAGCGAUGUGGAAAAAAAUUUUAUUCUAGCCUGCGAGCGUGGUGAUCUGCCCGGUGUCAAAAAAAUACUCGAGGAUAAUCUGGAUGCGCCAACCGAUAAGUUCAACAUCAACUGCACAGAUCCCAUGAAUCGUUCGGCGCUCAUUUCGGCCAUCGAAAAUGAGAAUUUUGAUUUGAUGGUCAUAUUGCUAGAAAACAAUAUUGAGGUGGGCGACGCGCUCUUGCAUGCCAUAUCAGAGGAGUAUGUGGAGGCGGUGGAGGAGCUACUGCAGUGGGAAGAGACGCAUCACAAGGAGGGAGAGCCAUAUAGCUGGGAAUCUGUGGAUCGAUCCAAAUCCACCUUCACCACGGACAUAACACCAUUGAUUCUAGCUGCACAUCGCAACAAUUAUGAGAUACUCAAGAUUCUGCUGGAUCGUGGUGCCACGCUGCCCAUGCCACACGACGUCAAGUGCGGCUGUGAUGAGUGCGUCACGUCCCAGACAUCGGACUCCUUGCGUCACUCGCAGUCGCGUAUUAAUGCCUAUCGUGCGCUUUCGGCCAGCUCGUUGAUAGCGCUCAGCUCACGUGAUCCAGUGCUAACCGCUUUUCAGUUAUCCUGGGAGUUGAAACGUUUGCAGGCAAUGGAAUCGGAGUUUCGGGCAGAGUAUACGGAAAUGCGUCAAGCUGUGCAGAACUUUGUUACAUCGCUGCUGGAUCAUGCUCGCACCUCCAUGGAAUUGGAAGUGAUGCUCAACUUCAAUCAUGAGCCAUCGCAUGAGAUAUGGUCACCCGGACACCGACAGACACUGGAGCGUCUAAAGCUUGCCAUACGCUACAAACAAAAAACGUUUGUGUCGCAUCCGAAUGUGCAGCAAUUGCUGGCGGCGAUUUGGUAUGAGGGCUUGCCGGGCUUUCGACGCAAACAGGCCUCGCAGCAACUCAUGGACGUUGUCAAGCUGGGCUGCAGCUUUCCCAUUUACAGCUUGAAAUAUAUACUAGCGCCCGAUUCUGAGGGUGCCAAGUUUAUGCGCAAGCCUUUCGUCAAGUUUAUAACACACUCCUGUUCCUACAUGUUCUUUCUGAUGCUUUUGGCCUCUGCCUCACUGCGCGUGGUGCAAAUAACCUUUGAACUUUUGGCUUUUCCCUGGAUGCUGACCAUGCUCGAGGAUUGGCGAAAACACGAACGUGGCUCCUUGCCAGGACCCAUUGAAUUGGCUAUUAUUAUGUAUAUUGCCGCCUUGAUAUUUGAAGAACUCAAGACAUUAUAUGCCGAUGGCUUAUUUGAGUACAUAAUGGAUCUCUGGAAUAUAGUAGACUAUAUAUCGAACAUGUUCUAUGUCACCUGGAUUCUAUGCAGAGCCACCUCUUGGAUCAUAGUGCAUCGGGAUUUGUGGUUUCGCGGUAUUGAUCCGUUCUUUCCACGCGAACAUUGGCAUCCAUUUGAUCCCAUGCUAUUGUCGGAGGGCGCCUUUGCUGCUGGCAUGGUCUUCUCCUACUUAAAGCUGGUGCACAUAUUUUCUAUCAAUCCGCAUCUGGGACCGCUGCAAGUCUCUCUGGGACGCAUGAUCAUCGAUAUUAUCAAGUUUUUCUUCAUCUACACACUGGUGUUGUUUGCCUUUGGAUGCGGUCUGAACCAACUGCUCUGGUACUAUGCCGAGCUGGAGAAGAACAAAUGCUAUCAUUUACAUCCAGAUGUGGCCGACUUUGAUGACCAGGAGAAGGCUUGCACCAUCUGGCGUCGCUUCUCCAACCUGUUUGAGACUUCCCAAUCGCUCUUCUGGGCCUCCUUUGGUCUGGUGGACUUGGUCUCCUUUGACUUGGCUGGCAUCAAGAGCUUUACACGCUUCUGGGCUUUGCUGAUGUUCGGCUCCUACUCGGUCAUUAAUAUUAUUGUCCUGCUUAACAUGCUGAUUGCCAUGAUGUCCAAUUCAUAUCAGAUUAUUUCUGAGCGUGCUGAUACCGAGUGGAAGUUUGCGCGCUCACAGCUUUGGAUGAGCUACUUUGAGGAUGGUGGCACCAUACCACCGCCAUUUAAUCUCUGCCCUAACAUGAAAAUGGUGCGCAAGACUUUUGGAAGCAAGCGUCCCUCACGCACCAAGAGCUUCAUGCGCAAGUCCAUGGAGCGAGCGCAGACUUUGCAUGACAAAGUGAUGAAGCUGCUGGUGCGUCGAUAUAUUACCGCUGAGCAGCGACGCCGUGACGAUUUUGGCAUCACAGAGGAUGACAUAAUUGAAGUGCGACAAGACAUCAGUUCGCUGCGCUUUGAGCUGCUGGAGAUUUUCACCAACAACAGCUGGGAGGUGCCGGAUAUUGAGAAGAAGACGCAGGCUGCUGCUCGCACCACCAAGGGCAAGGUAAUGGAACGUCGCAUAUUGAAGGACUUUCAGAUUGGGUUCGUGGAGAACCUCAAGCAGGAAAUGGACGAGUCCGCAAUGGGACGCGAUAUAUUUGCCUCACUGGCCAAGGUUAUUGGUCGUAAAAAGACGCAGAAGGGUGACAAGGACUGGAAUGCCAUUGCCAGAAAGAAUACUUUCCAUUCGGAUCCGAUUGGCUCCAAACGCUCCUCCAUGCAGCGUCAUAGCCAGCGCAGCUUGAGGCGCAAAAUUAUCGAGCAAGCCAACGAGGGUCUACAAAUGGAUCAAACCCAGCUUAUAGAAUUCAAUCCCAACUUGGGCGAAGUGACGCGUGCCACGCGUGUUGCCUAUGUUAAGUUUAUGCGCAAGAAAAUGGCUGCUGACGAGGUUUCCAUAGCAGAGACAGACGAUGAUAAGACCAAGGAUGAGAACGAUAAGAAGCCCGAUGCUAGCGGCUCUAGAAAAUCAGCAAGCAGCGCGGCUGGUGGUGCUAGUGUUGCUGGUGCUACUGGUGGUAGUGCUGCUUCCAUGUUAGCAGCAGCUGCCAUGCGCGCCUCCGUCAAGAAUGUAGAUGAGAAGAGCCAAGAUGCUGACAAAAAGGACGAUAAGAAAACAACGGAUGACAAGAAGCCAGAUGCCAAACCUGGCGAGCAGAAAUCCAUGCAGAUAGCAAUAAAGCCUACUAUUGGCGCCAAACCAGGUGAACCUCAGAAACCUGGCGAUGCAACUAAGCCCAAUGCACCUGCACCUCCAACCAAGCCCACAGAUGCUAAGCCAGCAGCCCCCAAACCAGCACAGACGGCUAAGCCUGAAGCGGCGGCCAAGAAGGAGGAAGCAACCAAAAGCGAAGCGGCCAAGCCACCAACUGCAGCAGCUGCCACAGCAUCCAAAAGCGCUGCACCCACUGCGCCAGCAGAUGCCAAGCCGGAUGCGGAGGCUAAAACCACAAGCGCUGCAGCACCUAGUAGCAACAAGGCAGCAAAUGAAACAAGCGGAGGUGCCACACCGGCAGCCAAGCCAGAUGACAAGAAGCCAGAUGAUAAGAAAACCGAGAAGCCGGAAAAGGAUGGCAAAUCGGACGACUCUAAGGCGACAACGGGAUCAGCAGCUAAGCCUGCUGAAGCAAAGCCUGGCGAUGGCAAAGGUGCCGAGGAGGCAAAGAAACCAGGGGAUGACAAGAAGCCGGCACCGGCACCUGCACCUGCCAAGCCGGCCAUUAAGGUAGGCCAAAGCAGCGCAGCAGCGGGAGGAGAACGUGGCAAGUCGACUGUUACAGGUCGCAUGAUCUCUGGCUGGCUUUAAAAAUAAAAUGUUAAUUUUAACCGCAAACAGAUGAAUACAUUUAAUAAACGAGCUCUAAG